AUGCUGACAAGAUCCGUUUUUCGCCGACUCAUACACGUUCGAAAUAUGGCGUCAACAUCAGGGGAAUCUACCGGCAGUCAUAAGGUUAGUUCCGUCGACGAUCUCGCCCAAAAUCUUUUAUCCGCACCUCCUUCGCGAUUACCGAAGGGUAUCUUAAGACUACUAGCAUCAUGGAAGGCCAGAAAGAGCAGAGAUACAUUGGAUCCUGGAUUGAAAAGUCUACUAGACACUGCUUCUGCCCAACUUUACUAUAACUGUGCCAACAACUACGACUACGAAAAAUUGUGCGAAGCCUUUGGACUUCCUGACUACAUGUCCUCGUGGUACAAAUUAACGCUAAUGCAUUGUUGGAUGGUGCUAAUGCGGAUGCAUGUUUCGCUGGAUGCUCAAGCUUAUCUCCGGCUACAACGAAGCAUGCUGUCCACUAUGUGGUUCGACGUGGAUAACAGGCUGAAAAUUGUUGGACAAGAGUUGGGACAGACGCUUACUUCGGAAUCGGAUUUGAAAAGUAUGCAUGGUCUCCAUCUGCAAACGUUUUUAGAAUACGAUGAGGGAUUCUUGACUGAUGAUCGUGUGUUUGCUGGUGGAGUUUGGCGAUGUUUAUACAUGAGCAGAUCAUGCGAUCCAAUACACGUUCUUAGGACUAUCGCUUACAUGCGAGCAACAAUAGCAUGGCUAGACACCCUGGAUCUGAAAGAAAUCAUGGUUGAUGGCAUAAAGGAAUGGAAACAGAUGAAACCAAAAGAUGUUUUACACCAAGAGAAGAAUGAUGCACCCCCUGAGGUUACCGCCGAUGAAUCUAAAGAAGCUGCUGCUCGAGCAACUUGA